UCUCUACGCCAAUUGCCUCCCAAGUGUUCAAAAGCCUACAAACUCGUGGCGGAUUCGAUAAUCAGCUAAACGGAGAUUGGGUCACCAAGCGAAGGAUCCAUUUCCAUGGCUUCUCGCUCUCUCUUCCUCUCCUUAAAUCGAAAAUUCAGGAAUAGAGGCUUCUUAAAUCAAAGUUUCAAAGCGAUCCCGGUCUUCAACGAAGCCAGUGUUUCGAACUAUUGCUCUCAUGGAGCACUGAGGAGUGAAUCUCUUGAUGAAUCAGUGAAUUCUGAAGAAAUCAAUGACUUGAAGAGCAGAAUAUUUCGGCUCAGACUUCCCAAGCGAAGUGCUAUCAACGUUAUUCAGAGAUGGACGAGUGAGGGAAAUCAAGUUACGAUCACUGAGCUUCGGAACAUCUCCAAAGAACUCAGAAGGCUUCAGCGGUAUAAGCACGCUCUUGAGAUUUUAGAAUGGAUGGUGUCUCAUAACAAAAACGAGUUAUCCGAUUCUGACUUUGCAAUCCGCAUUGACUUGAUGACGAAAGUUUUCGGUAUCGAUGCUGCUGAACGAUACUUUGAAGGUCUGCCAAUCGACGCCAAAACUUGUGAAACUUAUACUGCUCUCCUUCACUCAUUUGCGGGAUCCAAAUUGACUGAAAAGGCAGAAACUCUUUAUGAAAAAAUGAAGGAGUCAGGUAUACCUCUCACUGCCCUUCCAUUCAAUGAGAUGAUGACUUUGUACACAUCGGUCGGGCAAGUAGAAAAGGUAUCCUCGAUUGUCGACGACCUGAAACAAAGCAAGGUUCAUCCUGACAUUUUCACGUAUAAUCUUUGGAUCAGCUCUCUAGCUGCAACAUUAAAUAUCAAUGGCGUUAUACGGAUUCUCGAUGAGAUGAAUCGCAACCCCAAUUCAAAUGAAGUCUGGGUGCGAUAUAUCAAUCUCGUCAACAUAUACAUUACAUCAGCUCAUCUACUGCAUUCCGAGUCGAACUCCGUAGUCGAGUCUGAGAGUGGCAUUACGCAACGAGAAUGGAUUACAUACGACCUCCUCAUUAUCUUGUAUGCUGGUAUGGGAAACAAAGACAAAGUUGAUGAGAUUUGGAGAUCAUUAAGGAUGACAAAGCAAAAAAUGACGAGCAGAAACUACAUUUGCAUUCUAUCUUGUUACCUGAUGCUUGAUCACUUGAAGGAAAUUGGUGAAGUUAUUGAUCAAUGGAAACAAUCAAGUAGUGGAGAUUUUGAUGUUUCUGCUUGUAACAGGCUUGUAAAUGCGUUUGUUGAAGCUGGCUUGAAGGAGAAAGGCAACAGUUUUGUCACCAUUUUGAAGAACUGUGAACCCACAGAAGCAUAGCGGUAGGUUUAAAUCUUAACUUAGUCUUAUCUUGUUUUGAUUCAUCAGGUUUCAAAUGUUGUCUCCUAUGCUCUGAAUUUUGGGUAAAAGAUAUUGUUUCUGUCAUUAUUAUUUAGUUUUCACAUUUUACUUG